GCUCUGGAGAACCAGGAGCUGCGCUGCCGCCUGCAGCUGGACGAAGGGGAGGACAAGGUGGUGGUGGAAGAAUGGCAGGUGGAUGAAACCAGGCUGGUGACCGGGUCCGCUGAGUCCGCAGCACUCAGACUACGUGCUCCUCUGCAGCAGGCGCAGGCCCAGCAGUCACCAUUCCUGACGACCUCCACGUGGGUUCUGAUGGCAUUGACUCUUCAGACUCUGAGUCUGAUCUCCUGCUGGGCAUCCUGGACAGUCUGGACCCAGACAUGUUCUUACAAGACUGUGAUUCGGAGUCAGCCUGUAUGGAAAAGCUGGAAGAAGAUAUCUAUGGAGAGGAAUUGGAUCCCUUACCAGCCGCCCCCUCUCCCUCUCUGGGGUCCCCAUCAGCAAAGCUGGAAGCCAUUAAUGAACUGAUACGAUUUGACCAUGUGUACACCAAGGCCCAAGUCUUGGAGAUUCCUGCUCAAACAGUCAAUCAAAGCCAUCUGCUAGUGAAAAUCGAGGAAGCAUCUCUCUCCCCCUCAGAAGGCAAGGAUCCUGCUGCCUUCCCA